AUGGAGCAGAUCCAGACACAAGCGUCGGAUUUGCGCUACCUGGCGCAAGCUCCCGCCGCACUGAGCGACACGGCAAGCAUAUCCUAUGAUACACCGCGGCCUGGGCCACACACCAGUCCGUCUGGUUCCGCUUCAUACGGAGACAAUUCCGCUGGCAUCGGUGCUUCUGCAUCGGCGUCCAAUGCUAACAAGAAGAAGUCGAUGGACGACGGAGCAGCGCAGAAACAGACGAGGAGUAAGAGGAAUCGGACAGAGUCAACUCGUCUUGUGGCGCCCUCAACCGAUCGCAUCCUGAACGGCGGACCCGGCUCGACUCUUGCGCCCUCUCCCGCACAAAGCUCCACGUCCAUGGCCAGACCAGACUUGUCACACGCCAAAGUAGGGGCUUUCCAGGGUCCUACCAGCAUGGCGUACAGUCUAGAUAUUGCAAACACGACCAUCGCCAACAUGGGAUAUCGUGGUAUCGAUGAGACUUCCGAUCAAGAUCAGCAAGGAAGCGAUGUCACCAUGCAGAUUGCUGCCAGCAAUACUGGUCACGACCCUCUGUUAGAAUUCGACAAGGAUGAGAUGGUUCGGCUGUGUCGACUGCAUGAAGAAGAGGUCGGUAUAAUGUACCCGGUCCUCAACAUCCAGAGCGUCACCGCUCACGCCAAGAACAUCGCACCAUUAUUAGACUCUAUGCGUGGCCAACAACAGCCCACGGAACUCAUCAAUGACGAGCAGACAUUACAACUCAAAAUGGUCAUCUGCUGUGCGCUGGUUACCGAGUCCCAUGGCCACAGCGACAAGGCUGUCCGACUGUAUGAGAGUAUGGAGGGGGUUGUCAACAAAAAGUUGAUGUCUGAUCCUAGUGAUGUGGCCAACUUGCCGCUUCUUUGCCUGCUUGCCGGGUAUAGGUUUCUUUCUUACGACGAGGUUCUGGCAUGGAGAGUCAUUGGGCAGGUUGUACGGCUCUGCCUUGAAGCCGGUAUUCAUCAGAGCAGGGGGUUGAUGAGGAUCCAGGACGACACCGAGAGACGGAAUGCACUCAACAGCUUUUGGUCGGCAUAUGUUCUCGACAGACGAUGGGCAUUUGGCACCGGGCUACCCUAUUCGGUGCAGGACGAUGAAAUUGAUCCCAGGCUACCGCUCCCCGAGGAGUACCCGUUUCUUGUUGCCAUGAUUACCUACUCUCGUCUUGGUGCCAAGGUCUGGCGCCAAGUGUCGCAUUUCGGGCCGACAUUGGCUCGCGAACCACGCCAAGAAGAGAUUGAUAAUCUUGAUCGAGAGAUACUCCAGUGGUAUGAGAGUGUACCCGAUGAAGUCAAGGUGCAAAACUGGGACAAAGAAAAACAAAUAACAUCGACACCCUCGUACAAUCUGCAGCGUCUCAAGAUCUUCACAUAUCUGAGACUUAAUCAGAUUCGCAUCUGGCUAUAUACUCCUAUUCUACACAGCGCCACAAGUAUCAUGCAACACCCGGGUCAAGCACAGCGCGUUGUCGACCUUGCCAAGGACACCAUACAGUAUUUGAACCAUUUGAACAACACCACGAACUUGUACCGACGAUCACAAACCUUUUACCAUCAAUUUCUCGCCUCUGCCAUUUCCGUGGUGUUUCUCGCGUCGGUACAUGCCCCCGUCCGAUUCAGCGCCGUCUGCAGGGAGGAAUUUUAUCUGGCGCUGGACUUGGUCAAGGACCUGUCGGCCAAGAGCUGGGUUUCCAAGCGUCUCUGGCGCACCAUCAAGUCACUCAAGGAUGUGGCACCGCGAUUCGGCCUGAACCCCGAUGACGACGCGCAUUCUAACGCUGCGCUUGGAAUGAUUGGGCUAGCCAGGGGCCAUUUGGAAAGCACGCCCAUGACGCAGUCUCCCUUCCCCAACAUACCUAUUCCGCAGAGCCACCAGGCGCCGGAGCAGCCCGUAGAACAAAACGGCAAGAGGAUUCAAAGUGAGCUGUCGCGAAUAUUCGAGGGCUACGUCGGCCUGAAUGGCUUUCAGUUCGCAGACGAACAAGUUCCCCCACAUAACGACCUUGGCACAUCCGACUCUGUCGGGGGCAUGUUUACGCCUGAUGGAACUGUGUUUCCCCAUUUGAGGGAGAUGUUUUAA